AUGGCCGCCAACUUCCAUACUCAGCCAGCUUCGAAGAGGGUGAAGGACACUGUCCUCUGCUUCCUCUCCUUGGAAAGUCUCCACAGCACUCAACACAGAACCUUGCACAAAGAAUAUCUUCAGCCAGUAGAUGCCAGUGAAUUAAGUUCAGGUCAGAAAGCUUGGAUAGAGAAAACGUUUUGCAAAAGGGAAUGCAUCUUUGUAAUUCCCAGCACAAAAGACCCAAACAGGUGUUGCUGUGGUCAGCUCAUUAACCAGCACAUCCCCCCAUUGCCCAGCGGGGCUCCCAGCACAACAGGAGAGGAGAGCAAGCAGGUGGAUGCACAGUCGGGGAAAUGGUCCGUCAGCAAACACACCCAGAGCUAUCCAACGGACUCCUAUGGGAUUCUCGAAUUCCAGGGUGGAGGCUACUCCAAUAAAGCCAUGUACAUCCGCGUUUCCUACGAUACCAAGCCAGACUCCUUGCUCCAUCUCAUGGUGAAAGAUUGGCAGCUGGAGCUUCCCAAGCUUUUGAUAUCAGUGCACGGAGGCCUCCAGAGCUUUGAGAUGCAGCCCAAGCUGAAGCAGGUGUUUGGGAAAGGCCUGAUCAAAGCUGCCAUGACCACGGGGGCCUGGAUUUUCACCGGGGGUGUGAGCACUGGUGUCGUCAGCCAUGUGGGAGAUGCCUUGAAAGACCACUCCUCCAAGUCUAGAGGCCGGCUCUGUGCUAUAGGAAUCGCUCCAUGGGGCAUGGUGGAGAACAAGGAAGACCUGGUUGGGAAAGACCCACUGGGAAGCCUAGCCCCUCCGGUGGACACCAAAGUCACAGAGAAGGAGAAGAAGCCACCAACAGCCACAACCAAGGGGAGAGGGAAAGGAAAAGGCAAGAAGAAAGGCAAAGUGAAAGAGGAGGUGGAAGAAGAAACGGACCCCCGGAAGAUCGAGCUGCUGAACUGGGUGAAUGCCUUGGAACAAGCCAUGCUGGAUGCUCUCGUCUUAGAUCGGGUUGACUUUGUGAAGCUCCUGAUUGAAAACGGGGUGAACAUGCAACACUUCCUCACCAUCCCAAGGCUGGAGGAGCUUUACAACACCAGACUGGGCCCACCAAACACCCUUCAUCUGCUGGUGAGGGAUGUAAAGAAGAGCAACCUUCCACCAGAUUAUCACAUCAGCCUCAUCGACAUAGGGCUAGUGCUGGAGUAUCUCAUGGGAGGCGCCUACCGCUGCAACUACACUCGUAAAAGUUUCCGGACUCUCUACAACAACUUGUUUGGCCCUAAGAGGCCCAAAGCGCUUAAACUACUGGGAAUGGAAGAUGAUGAACCUCCAGCCAAAGGGAAGAAGAAAAAGAAAAAGAAGAAGGAGGAAGAGAUUGACAUUGAUGUGGACGACCCCGCCGUGAGUCGAUUCCAGUACCCGUUCCAUGAGCUCAUGGUGUGGGCUGUGCUCAUGAAGCGCCAGAAGAUGGCUGUCUUCCUGUGGCAGCGUGGGGAAGAGAGCAUGGCAAAGGCCUUGGUGGCCUGUAAGCUCUACAAGGCCAUGGCCCAUGAGUCCUCCGAGAGCGAGCUGGUAGAUGACAUCUCUCAGGAUCUGGACAACAAUUCCAAAGAUUUUGGGCAGCUUGCUGUGGAGCUGUUAGAUCAGUCUUACAAACAUGAUGAGCAGGUGGCCAUGAAGCUUCUGACCUACGAGCUCAAAAACUGGAGCAACUCAACCUGCCUCAAGCUGGCUGUGGCGGCCAAGCACCGGGACUUCAUUGCUCAUACCUGCAGCCAGAUGCUGCUGACUGACAUGUGGAUGGGAAGGCUCCGCAUGAGGAAGAACCCUGGCCUGAAGAUCUUCUACAUGCCCUAUUGGAUGAUCUACGGAGAGGUGUUUGCAGACCAGACAGACCUGUACGCCAUGGAAAUUAACCCUCCUUGUGGUGAAAAUCUCUACGAUGAGGAAGGCAAGCGGCUCCCUCCCUGCAUCCCUGGUGCCUGGCUCACACCUGCCCUCAUGGCAUGUUAUCUCCUGGUGGCCAACAUCCUGCUGGUCAACCUACUGAUUGCUGUUUUCAACAACACCUUCUUUGAAGUCAAGUCAAUAUCCAAUCAAGUGUGGAAGUUCCAGCGAUACCAACUGAUCAUGACAUUUCAUGACAGGCCAGUACUGCCCCCGCCAAUGAUCAUUUUAAGCCACAUCUAUAUCAUCAUUAUGCGCCUCAGUGGUCGCUGCAGGAAGAAAAGAGAAGGGGACCAGGAGGAACGGGACCGUGGGUUGAAGCUGUUCCUCAGUGACGACGAAUUGAAGAAACUGCAUGAGUUUGAGGAGCAGUGCGUGCAGGAACACUUCCGGGAAAAGGAGGAUGAGCAGCAGUCAUCCAGUGAUGAGCGCAUCCGGGUCACGUGCGAGAGAGUUGAAAAUAUGUCAAUGAGGUUGGAGGAAAUCAAUGAAAGAGAAAAUUUCAUGAAAACAUCUCUGCAGACUGUUGACAUUCGGCUUUCUCAACUGGAAGAGCUUUCAGGCAGGAUGGUGAGCGCUCUGGAGAAUCUGGCAGGCAUUGACAGGUCUGAUCUGAUCCAGGCUCGGUCGCGAGCAUCCUCAGAAUGCGAGGCCACCUACCUGCUGCGGCAGAGCAGCAUCAACAGCGCCGACGGCGGCUACAGCAUGUACCGCUACCAUUUCAAUGGCGAGGAGCUUCUGUUUGAGGAGCCUGCCCUCUCCACGGCUCCAGGGGCAGCGGCGUUCCGGAAAAAAACCUGUUCCUUCCGCGUGAAGGAAGAGGAUGCAAAGUCACACCUGGACCAGCCCGGCAGCCUGCACCACACCCCGGGCCCCAGCCCACCCGCCACCCCAGGACGCUGCCUGCUUGCCCUGGACGGUCCCAUAAGCGCAGAGCCCAGAUCGGGACCAGAGCCCGGAAUCUCCACUGGCGAGCUUGACCUCAAGAGCGCAGAAGCUGCACCAACUAUGAAUGCAGGCGCUGUUGCAGGCACUCAGCUGACGGUCGAAAGCAGCGUUUCCCACCCGCUGCGGGAGAGCAAACUCGCGCGCUACUACCCGGGAGACCCCAAUGCCUACAAAACAAUGAAGUCCAGGAGCUUCGUCUAUUCUGAGGGCAGAAAGCUGGUUCGGGGACUUAGCAACUGGGGUGCCGAGUACAGUUCAAUCAUGGACCAAGCGUGGAACUUCCACUCGGCAGAAUGGAAAUGCCAAGUCCAAAGGAUCACGCGCUCGCGCAGCACUGACAUCCCAUACAUUGUGUCAGAAGCGGCGGCGCAAGAUGAGCUUGAAGAUGAACGCAGCGGUUCUCUCCUGGCUCCUCAGAUCUCCCGUUCAGCCCUCACGGUUGCCACCGACAGGACUGAAAAGGAAAACUUACUGUCUGUGAAGCCUCACCAGGCUUUAGGAUUCCCCUGUCUACGGUCAAGAAGUUUGCAUGGCCAUCCUAGGGGUGCUGAAGGCACGCCUAGCAAAUUAGACAGGGCAGUGCAUGCUAGCAGUACGAGCAAGUUAGCCGAGCAAGAGAAACGAAACACGGAAACUGAAUGCUAAUCUGCUCUGCUUCUCUGAUUCAAACCACCGCCACAAAAACAAAGCAACACACUCACAACCAGAUCCACGAAGGGUGCCAUCUUGGCCACCUAAAACGUUAUCGAUGUCUGGAAAUGCUUUCAUUUAAAAAAUGUCGAAAAGUAUUUAAACUGUAACGGACUUACAGCGAUGCCUCGUUACGCACGUUUUAGUCAACUGUGUGGUUUUUAGUUGGAAUAGAACAGAAUGAAAGUGAUACUGUAGUAUACCCAAAUCCCGAGAUUCAGACCCCAGCACCACACGGACUGUGUGUAGUGUGGUACAUCUAUACAGUUGUAAUCCUAGCACUCAUGGGAGUGGAGG